GUGAUCCAGAUCACGUGCAAGAGUGUUGACGUUGUGGGUGCCAAGUCUUGUAGAUUCUCGCGCCGUGCGGCGGGGCAGCGUGUGAGUUCCCCAUUGGACAAUACGCGGGGCUGCCAGAGGAUGCGAUCCUAUUGGCCAACAUACGCCGCGAUCGGUAUGCUGACUAAGAUGCUAACCAAUGGUGUCGGCUGCGCGGAGGACAUGCUCGACUCCGGGAAUCACAUGACCAAGGCUAGCCCAACUUUUUCGGGGAAGCUGUGCUCCCCUCCAGGUUAGAGUCAUUCUGCCCUUGUUAAAAGCUUCUCGUCGCCCGCCAACAUUCGUCUGUCUAUCCCCAAACCCCUCUCCGCUCUGUGUGUCUUCGUCUACUCAAUUAUCUUGUAAUUGAUCUUCUUUUCGUUUCAUUUACAUCUACCUACACAUCAUGGCUUCCAAGACCAUUCCUCGCGCUCUGCGCCUCUCCAGCCGUGUGGCUGUCCCCCGUCGCACAUUCGUCUCUACCGUGCGAGCUCGCCCUUCAGCUGUCAAUGCCAGCGCUGUCCGCAGCCCAGUGACUGUGCCUGCUCGUGGCAUCAAGUCAAUUGACUUUGCCGGCACCACAGAGACCGUCUAUGAGCGUGAUGACUGGCCUCGAGAGAAACUUCAGAAAUACUUCCAGAACGAUACCCUUGCUCUCAUCGGCUACGGCUCCCAGGGCCACGGUCAGGGUUUAAACCUCCGUGACAACGGCCUCAACGUAAUUAUUGGUGUCCGCAAGGAUGGUGCUUCCUGGAAGGAAGCCAUCCAGGACGGUUGGGUCCCAGGCACCAACUUGUUCGAUGUUGAAACAGCCAUCAACAAGGGUACCAUCGUCAUGAACCUGCUCUCCGACGCUGCCCAGUCCGAGACCUGGCCUAAGAUUAAGCCCCUUCUCACCAAGGGCAAGACCCUCUACUUCUCCCACGGGUUUUCCCCCGUCUUCAAGGACCUCACCAAGGUUGAGGUUCCCACCGACAUCGAUGUUAUCCUCGUUGCCCCCAAGGGAUCCGGCCGUACCGUCCGCUCUCUCUUCCGUGAGGGUCGUGGUAUUAACUCUUCCAUCGCCGUCUACCAGGACGUCACCGGCAAGGCCAAGGAGAAGGCCAUUGCCAUGGGUGUUGCCGUCGGUUCCGGCUACCUGUAUGAGACCACCUUCGAGAAGGAGGUCUACUCUGAUCUCUACGGCGAGCGUGGUUGCCUCAUGGGUGGUAUCCACGGUAUGUUCCUCGCUCAGUACGAGGUUCUCCGCGAGCGCGGCCACUCUCCCUCUGAGGCUUUCAACGAGACUGUCGAGGAAGCCACUCAGUCUCUCUACCCCCUGAUUGGUGCUAAUGGCAUGGACUGGAUGUACGCUGCCUGCUCUACCACCGCCCGCCGUGGUGCCAUCGACUGGUCCCCGAAGUUCAAGGAUGCCUUGAAGCCUGUUUUUGACGAGCUGUACACCAGCGUUAAGACUGGCAAGGAGACAACCCGCUCUUUGGAAUACAACUCGCAGCCCGACUACCGCGAGCGCUACGAGAAGGAGUUGGAGGAAAUCCGCAACCUUGAGAUCUGGCGCGCUGGAAAGGCCGUCCGCUCUCUCCGCCCUGAGAACCAGAAGUAAUGGGUUUGACUGUUUGUUAGCCGUGUAAUGUAGAUACCUAAUGAAUGAAAAGUUACGUUUUUGUUUCUACUUCCUACCCAGCGUUCUGCGAAGUCCAAAAUACUGUCUAUAUCAGCUGGAGGAUAGAUGCGGGGAAGCUGAUACCUCAAUUAAUUAGCCUUCGG